AUUCCAUAUAUACAUUUACCACAUUUAUCAAAAAACUUAUGAAUAAUGAAGGUCCAAUACCAACUCACAAUAGGUGCCGGCCUCUUGGACCACCAUCAUCCUCAUGAACCGCCAUCGCCAACUUCCCUCACUCUCGGUUACAAGCGCCUCCGCCAUAUCGCCCCCAAACUUAAUAUUCCCUUCGACAUUAAGACCUUCAUCAACCAUCCUCGUCACCAUCGCCCCUCUUCUUCGUCUAACCAGGUGGAGACGCACCACGGUGGAACAAGAUGGAACCCGACACAAGAACAAAUCGGGAUACUAGAAAUGUUGUACACGAAUGGAAUGAGAACACCUAAUGCAAACCAGAUUGAAGAAAUCACUUUGCAGCUAGCCAAGUUCGGUAAGAUUGAGGGAAAGAAUGUUUUCUAUUGGUUUCAAAACCAUAAAGCCCGAGAGAGACAAAAGCUCAAGCGAAAUGCUAUUACAAUCACCGAAAAGUUAGGAGAUGGUGGUUGUAAGAGGAAAUGCAUGGCAUUGAAAUUUGAGAGGAAAUUUGAAGGAGACAAGACUUUGGAGCUCUUUCCAUUGCACCCGGAAGGAAGAUGAUCAUGACCGGUCCUAAUUUGAAAUUAGUUUUUUAUUUCUUUUCUUUUUUCUAAUUUGGUCUUUUUUGAAAAUCUCAUGCAUGCUUGCUUAUAUGAUUGGACUCAACGGCUAUGAUCCUGUCAAUUUCUUAGUCCAAUGUCUCUUUUCUUAUGUC